UCCAUGUCUUGUGAUAAUCUCCUCAGUCUUACUCUUAGCUUAGGGCUUAGGCCUACUCGACUUUUAACUUAAAAACUCUUAUUACUUUUGGAAAUAAAACUAGAUUUAGAUCUAGAUCUAGAAAUGUUUACAUAAUGUGGACAAAGAUGCUGUUUAAAAUUGCACUAUACCAUUACUAACCUACUAACAACAGGCCUUAAAUAAUAGGGGCCUACCAAGAAGAAAUUUUCUGGUUCAGUAAUCUGCUACAAGUAGGCCUACUUCAUCACAUUUCAAAGAAAUGUUUGCCUCAAAGCUACUGAAGGAUCACAGUAACAUAGUUCAGGUCAUGAACUGCUGCAUACAUGACAUUUCUUCAGCUGUUGAUUAUGCAAAAUUAAAACCCCACAUAGCGGACUUGAUUUCACCUAUUGUCAUUGGUAAAAUUGAGUGUGGAGAAGGAACAUAUGAGAAGAUGACAAGAGUUUGUGAUAGUGUCAAACAAUUAUCCUUGGAAGAUUUUAAAAAGUUUGUUGAUGCUGUUUCAAAAAUCAAUAACACUGCUGCAAACAAAAUUAGGGAAAAAUACUUUCAAGUAACUUCAGAGCCAUUAACACAUGAGACUGACACUGUACCAGUUCCAUGUUCAUAUGAUGAUCAUGAUCAACCACCUGUUGUAUGUUCUAAUUCAAAUGCAGCUUCUUCAGUGGCUCCAAUACCGACCUUCCCUCAUAUAAAUCAACGUUCAUUUAUAGGAUCACAUCAUGAGGAAUCAAACUAUCCAAUGGACACAGACCCCCGUGGAUUUGCCCUUAUAAUUAACAAUGUGAAUUUUGGAAAUACUAGUAAUGAUAGAGUGGGAAGUGAUGAGGAUGCCAACAGAUUGCAUAACAUGUUUAAGUAUUUGGGGUUUGAAGUUUCUACAGAAAGAAACAAAACAGCAAAGGAAAUGCUGCAAGUGUUAAAAGCUUUUGCACAAUAUAGACACCUUCAUUCUGGAAGUGCUCUUGCUGUUGCAAUACUGACACAUGGGCACGAAAAUGAGAGGCUUUGUGGUGUAGAUGGGCAAUGCAUUUCAAGAAUUGAUAUUCAACAAAUAUUCAAAAUUGGUAAUUGUAAACAGAUGAAGGGUAAACCCAAGCUCUUCAUAAUUCAAGCUUGCAGGGGAGAUUCUGAAGAUAUAUUAACAGAUAGUGCUCAACAACUUAGCCAUGACAGUCCUAGCUUCUAUGCCGAUUCCAACAAAAUUGGAACAGGAGCUGCUGAAAGGGAUCUGGAUCGUACAGCAGAAACAGCUGACAUGUGCUUUGUUUAUUCUUCUUCCUUAGGUUACAAAGCAUACAGAAGACAAAUGGGAAGUCCUUUUAUUGAGACUUUGACAAAUUGUAUUGUGCAGCGUGCUCAUAAUACUGAAUUUUCCGAAAUUAUGAGAGAGGUUCAGAGAAGACUGAGCAACAUGCGUCUUGGAGCAGAUGAGAGUGUCAUGACACUACCAGAUUUGACAACACAGUUGCUUAAAAAAUUAUAUUUUAACCCUCCUUUGUCCAGUAGAGAUGCAGCAAAUUAUUAAAUCUAGCUGUAUACUUUGAUAAGUUUAAACAAUCCUUGAUAGUUGAGUAUAAGAUAGUUUACCACAGAUUAAGUAUAUUCAGCAUUUGUUUAGUGGUAUCAUAUUUUGAACACAAAUAUUUUGUAAACAGUCUGAUUUAUCUGGAGCUAUUUCAUAGUAGAAUAUGUAUGAAUCCAGCAAUUACAGAUAGAACAUAGUCUAAACUAUUCAACAUCAUCUCCUAUUAAUAAUAUAUCUAACAGAAUACUUUUAUUAUCAUAGGCUAACAGAAUUCCAGUUUUCAUGGUUGGUUUUUUGUAAUUAAAUAUUUUACUGAAAGGUAAAGCUAAUAAAUAAUAAACUAAUCACUUAUGAUAAUAAUAGACCUGAAAUGUUCUGGAACCUUGUUUGAUUUGUGUUGAAUAGAGCGUAACAAAACUCUUGGUCCAGAAAGCACAAAAAUGGUGUGAUCUUUUAAUUCAUAGAUACCUGUCUUAAAUGUAGAUAUUCUAUAUUAAAAUUUGUAGAUAUUCUAAUAUUUAUAGAUAUUCUAUUUUCAUAUAUAUCAUUAUUUUUCUAACGUGAUGGUGUGGUUAAGUGGAAGACGUGACCAAUAAGUUUUAAGUUUGGUUAAUGGGUUUGAGUCAACAGGACAUUCUUGAGUCCACCCUCCUGUUCAAAUGGGUACCUAUUAAAUAUAUUUUAAUAUAACAGUGUUUUACAAUCCCAAAUGUUGAUAAUUUGAAAAACAAAUUUUUAGAGGGUUUUUUUUUUACCGAAACUAGCCAUCUGACUCUAAUAGAGUUAGUAAAAGAAGAAUCAAUCUUUAUAUGAUAAAUAUACAUGUUAAUUUUUUUUAACCUUAAGACCUCCACAAGAAAUUGUUUUUUUUUAAGAUGGCUACCAUUUCCAUAGCAACUAUAUUUGCAAAAGAGUCCUUGCAUGCAAAUAUUUGCCCUUAAGUAUCCUAACUUAGGACACAUCAAUAAACAAAAAAGGCUUAUUAAUUCAGAAGCUUUUUUUUUUGGUAGCUUAACCCCCUAAGUCAGUGAUUUUUAAAUGGUGGAUGAGUAUACAUAUGAAUAACUAUUCUUUCAUGAUAUUCUGAAGUCAGAGAAACAAGACAAACUAUACUUCAUAUGUUCAAAGACUGCCUAUUCUGAAAGUAUGCUUUAUUUUAUUUGGACAUUUUCUUUUAGCAAGCAUUAUUAUAUUACUUUUAUGUAUAACUAAUGUUUAAAAUGCCCUAAAAAUGUUACAAUAAUUCUUUUAAAUUGAUUUUUAACAAAAUGCUUUGUAAUCCAAUGGUGGAGAGUGUUCAAGGGUUCAGUGGCGUAGCGAGGUAGGGUGCGGCACAUAAUGGUGUCACCCCCCAGAGGCAUAGCGACCAUUCCUGGGGACAAACUUUCAAAUUUUCAAUUUGCACCCCCCCCCC